AUGGCGUGGAAGAAUUUAGUCGAACGAUACGAAAAUUCUCGUAUUCUUGUAAAUUCACAACUGAAAACACUAUUCAGCUUAUUAAAUAACCCUAUUAGUAAAGAGUCUGGUCGCUGUAUCAAACAACUGCAGCAAUCGAUAAACGAUUGUAUUAAAAAUCUUUCUCUGCUUCAAAUAGAUACCAAAAACUGGGAUGUUAUUUUUGUUUUUAUCUGUGCGAAAUGUCUUCCUGAUAUCAGCUUACAUUUAUGGCAACAACACUUAGGGAACAGUAAAGAAUUACCCACUUGGCAGGAAAUGGAUAGCUUUCUAACUUCUAGGUAUCAAUCCCUUGAAGGUUUCGCGGAUAUACGGACUACUUCGUCCGAUUCUCACAACACCUACAAGAAAUAUAAUCCGAAGAAACAGAAUCCCAAUAAUAAUAAAAAAGUUAAUACAUUUCAAACAAAAGUUAAAACAGAUAAGCCUCUAAAAUGUCCAAUUUGUCAAGAACCACAUCCCUUAAGGUUUUGUCCCACUUUCUUAUCAAUGUCAAGUGAAGAUCGAUAUUCGUUGGUUAAAAAACAAAGGCGGUGUACUAAAUGUCUAGCAGCCUCACAUGAUCAUAAAUCUUGUAAAAGUCAAUUCAGAUGUUCAUUCUGUAAACAGAAACAUCAUUCCCUCUUACACCGUUCCGAAAAUCAACCUGUAACCCAACUAGCGAACAAUAGAUCCUUUAACGAUUACUCAAUGAACAAUAAUAAUGGUAAUACUAAUCACGACUCAAAUCCCUCACAAACCAAUGGCAAUCCUGUUGAUAACCCCACAACUUCAGCUGCUGCUGCAGCAAGAUCACGUCAAGCGUAUUCAACGCAACUACAGUCCACAACAUAUAACUCUGUUAUCCUUGGAACAGCUUUAGUUGAUGUUUGUGUAGGAGAUGUGCGUUGUACUGUAAGAGCUCUUAUCGAUUCAGCCUCCGAAGCAACCUUUAUUUCUAAAAAACUCCAGGCUUCUCUGGCAAUCCCCACAAAAACUUCACAUACCACUAUAACGGGUCUUAGCGGUUCGUUAUCUGCUAUUGCUACUCGAAUUUGUACUAUUACAAUAAGUUCCCCUCUAGAAAAACUCUUUAAAACUUCAACCGAUGCAUUCGUUGUUAAUAAACUGACAGGAGACUUACCCUAUUACGAACUCUCUUCCAUUAUGAGUACCAAGUUUUCUGAUCUUCCCUUAGCUGAUAGCUACUCUGCUAAAACUUCGAAUGUUGAACUUUUGAUUGGUUGUGAUGUUUACCCAAAAAUCCUUAGAGAUGGUAUUCGUUGGGAUUAUAAUCGAUCACUCGUCGCUCAGCGUACCAUUUUUGGAUGGAUAAUCUCUGGAAAAUUACAAUCUCCUACCCCUCUUCUAAAUUCUGUUUCUUCAUAUAUGAAUCUUAUCGAUCUAAAUACACAACUUACUAAAUUCUGGGAACUCGAAGAAGUUUAUGAAAAACCAACCCAAUCUGAUGAAGAUAUCUUUUGCGAAAAUUUGUACAAAAGUACAACCUUUAGAGACGAAAAUGGUCGAUUCGUUGUCUCCCUGCCCUUUAAAUCCGAAUAUUCUAAUAAUAUUCCCCUUGGCAACACUCGCAACUCUGCAUUAUCACAAUUUCUUAGAAAUGAGAGUAGACUCACUAAUAACCCUACAUUAAAGCAUGAUUACUAUAAAGUAAUCCAAGAAUAUUCAACAUUGAACCAUAUGAUUCCCGUAAAACCAGAUUCAUCUACUCGAUCUAACUGUUCAUACUAUUUACCCCAUCAUUCUGUGCUCAAACCCGAAUCUACAACUACUAAACUACGUGUUGUAUUCAACGCCUCUAACCCCACUACGUCAGGACUAAGUCUAAACGACGUCUUAUACCCCGGUCCAGUUUUACAACAAGAUUUAACUGUCCUUAUAACCCGUUGGCGUUUGUUCAAAUACGUUUUUAAUGCCGACAUCGAUUGUUAA